AUGGCCGCCGCUUCAGCCGCCGCCGUUUCAGAACCCUACUCUUUCAAACUCGCCUCUCACCGGCCCAAUUCCCCAUCUCUCACGGCCUUCUCCUCCCUCAAACUCCCUUGCACUGCUAAUUCUCCGAACUACCACUUCAAAUCCUUGAAAUCGCAAGUCACUCCUCAAUCUCACCACCGCAUCGUCACCCCUCUCCGUUCCACUACAACUACCCCUGCUGACGUUUCCACCGUCACUACAUUCCACGGCCUCUGUUACGUCGUGGGCGACAACAUCGACACUGACCAAAUCAUCCCCGCCGAGUACCUUACUCUCGUCCCGUCCAAUCCCGAUGAGUAUGAGAAGCUUGGUUCUUAUGCUCUCAUUGGUCUUCCAUCUUCGUAUGAAACCCGCUUCAUUGAUCCGGGUGAAACCAAAUCCAAAUACUCCAUUGUAAUUGGUGGAGACAAUUUCGGCUGUGGCUCCUCCCGUGAGCACGCCCCUGUAGCCCUAGGCGCCUCUGGGGUGGUUGCUGUUGUGGCUGAGUCGUAUGCUCGGAUUUUCUUUAGGAAUUCCGUGGCCACUGGGGAAGUUUAUCCACUAGAGUCAGAGGGAAGGCUGUGCGAGGAGUGUAAGACUGGGGACGUUGUAACCAUUGAGCUCGGAGAAAGUAAAUUGAUUAAUCAUACCAGUGGCAAGGAGUAUAAGUUGAAGCCAAUUGGGGAUGCCGGGCCUAUUUUCCAGGGUUUUUUUCUUGGUGGCUAUGUUUGUAGACUGGUCAGGAUCUCUAUUCAUCUUCCGGAUGUACAAGGCAAUAAACAUCAUGUGAUGUUAGGAAUAAUGUAUUUCUAUGAAUUAUUGUAUUCGGGUUUGUUUUAUGUGGCUGAUAUUGAAUAUUUAUGGUUCUGGCUGCAUCUUGGAUUCUUGGUGGAUUUGGAUCCAUACCUUUUGAAUCCAUCGAAUUGGGUAGAGUUUGUUGAUACCCCUAUACAAAUUGCUGCAUCAAGAGGCUUAACCAACUUUGCCAUAGAAAUCAUGAGCUUAAAGCCCUCAUUAGCCAGGAAGCUGAAUUCAGAGGGAUUUAGUGCACUCGACUUGGCCUUGCACAAUGGAUAUGCUAACAUGACAUACUGGAUUCGGUGGAUGAAUAAGGCAUCAUCUAGAAAUCGGCCUAAGGAAUGCUCUUUCUUCUUCCGAAAGCAAUUAAGACUAAGCUUUUAG